GCUGCGACGGCGCGCGCCACCACCAGCACCACCACCAGCACCAGCGGCCGCGGCCCGGCCGCCUGCGCAGGGUGCCCACCGUACUCAGCGCCACAGACCGCCGCCGCUCCACGCUAGAAUACUACAAAUGGAAACUGGGACUCUCAAGGAACUCGUUCUGCACGGCGUUCGUAGAUGGAGAGCGCGUUCUCACGCAGGUUGGUAUAGUCAGGCGCCGCCGCGCAAGGCGAGCAGCUGGGAGGAGGGGGCGGCGCUGCAGCGGCGGCGCUCUGUGAUGCUGAUGACGGCCGCUGCGGGCGCUGCCAGCGCGGCGUCCGGCGUCAACAACUCCAACCCGGGCGUCGCGGCGGCGCUGCUGGCGGCCGGCGUCGACCCCAUAGACAAGCGCGACCUGCGCUACUACUUCCAGCACCCCUACCCGCGCCUCUUCGUCACCUACUUCGUCAUCUUCUGCAACUUUCUCAUCUUCGCCGAAGACCCCAUUUCUCAUAGCCACACUGAGUCGACUAUCCCUAUCGUGGGCAACGUGUUCAGCUUCGUGUUGACCAAGUACCCACCGGAGUGGAGAUGGUCGCUCAUCAAGGUGCUGAUGUGGCUGCUGGCCAUCCUGUGCGGCAUGAUAGUAGGCAAGCUGCUCAUCCACGGCUACCUGUGCGGCACUCUGCUCCGCCUCAAGAUGUUCCGCGACGACCAGGGCUCCUGGAUGACGAUGUUCCUGACGGUGAUCGUGUCGCUGUACGUGUUCUCGCACGGCUACAACCUGCUGCUGGCGCUCUGGUACGACAACUGCCUGCUGCACAUCAACAGCGACAUGGGCGUCACCAACGCCAGCGUGAUGAAGGCGGCGGCGUGCGGCACGUGGCUGGGCGACCUGAUCACGGCGCUGAUGGUGACGGACAUGAUGCUGCAGGACAAUCUGUACCCGCAGUGGGCGCGGCGCGCGCGCGCCGUGUGGCGGCGCUCCAACGUGCCGCGCAUCCUGCUCUUCUGGGUCGGCUCCGUCGUCGCCACCGCCGUCGUCGUCACGCUCAUCGUCAGCGACUGGAUCAGCUGGGACCACCUCAACCAAGACUUCCUCUCCACCACCGAGCUUUCGCGUGCGUUUCUGGCUUCUUUCAUCCUAGUCAUGGACUUGCUGAUUGUCAUGCAAGACUGGGACUUCCCACAUUUCACAACAACAUUGCACGUCAACCUUCCGGGUUUCAGUGUAGCUACACUGCAGUGGAAGUACGCAGAAGUAGACAUAACAGGAAAAUGGUUCAACUAUGGCAUAAUUUUUCUUGUCAUGUUGCUGGACCUGAAUAUGUGGAAAAACCAAAUAUUUUAUGAUCCAAAGGACUUCGGCCAGUACACAGGACCUGAUGACAAAGUACGCACAGUGAAUGAACCAGAAAUAUUAUCAACAGGCAACAGUUCACUCUGGACAUGGGAGUAUAGGUCUCAAAUCAAUCCACAAACUGGUCUUCCGUUUUAUGAAGAGGACAUGCAGAUGAAUUCACGAUAUAUGAACUACCCCUUGUCAGUGAAGUGGACUGCAUUUAUACCAUCAGGAAUUGGUUUAAUACUGUUUGUUUCUCUCGUGUCUCUUUAUGGAAGAUUCCCAUCAAACCAGGAUCCUGUUGGGGCCAUGUUUCGAAGUCUAACCACGCUUCGGCAAGGAUUUACCCUUCAGGGCAUUGGGGUUCAUGAACUGCUGUCACUGAAAGGUGCAUCACCAUAUGUACAUUGAGGCACAGCUUUUUCAAUGUCUCAAACAUAAUCGUCUGUUUCUUUGUAAGAGUACUACUUUUUUCUACACUGGUGCUGUUGCAGACAUUGUUGGAGCGUUCACGGGUGGAGCAGCACAAGGAUCCUGGCUUCCGGUAACCUCUGCUCUGUUGGUUGUGGAACAGUAAACAUUGCAACACUAGAUGAAUCUCUUUUUGUAUAUAAAUGUGUUGCAAACUCUUUAAUUUCUUUGUGUAGAAGCUUGUUUUUAAAAAUAGUUUGAUUGUUAUAUUUUUAUACAUGGAUUGUAUAUCAGUAUAAAUGGAAAUAUUGAUGAUGCUCCUCUAAUUUGUAAAGAAUUGAUGUAUUGUCACUCUGUAUCGUACCUCUUCUUCUCUGGUGUAAAACAUGAACAUUAAAUUGCAUCCUCUACAUUAAAGCAAAUGAAUUUAAA